AUGUUGCUCUCUCGACGUGCUUGUUACAAGUGUGGCAACAUUGGCCAUUACGCUGAGGUCUGCUCUUCCUCAGAGCGUCUCUGCUACAACUGCAAACAACCUGGACACGAGUCCAGCAGCUGCCCGCGGCCGCGUACCACCGAGACCAAGCAAUGCUACAACUGCCAAGGUCUAGGCCACGUUCAGGCCGAUUGUCCCACAUUGCGCCUUAACGGCGCGAACGGUCGUUGCUACAACUGCAGCCAGCCCGGUCACAUUGCUCGCAACUGCCCGGCUCCUGCUUCCGGUGCUCCCCGAGGCGCCGGUGCUCCUCGUGGCGGAUUCAAUGGAGGUUUCCGCGGUGGCUACGGUUACCCACGCGCUGCCACCUGCUACAAGUGCGGCGGCCCCAACCACUUUGCUCGUGACUGCCAGGCUCAGGCUAUGAAGUGCUACGCCUGUGGGAAGCUCGGUCACAUCUCCCGUGAUUGUACCGCUCCCAACGGCGGCCCAUUGAGCUCUGCGGGCAAGGUCUGCUACAAGUGCUCUCAAGCCGGUCAUAUCUCCAGAGACUGCCCUACCAAUGAUGCUACUCAAUCCGCCGAGUCCGGUGUUCUUGCUGCCGCCCCCGUGGCGACUACUGGCGUUGUUGAGGCUUCGGAGGGCGUUCCUGUCGCCGCUGCUCCUACCACUGCUGUCGCUUAG